AUGUUUGGCUUUAACGAUGCUCAAAUUUUCGAUUUUUGUGAUCCACAACUGUUUCAAGAAACCUUCAAUCAAUCCUCUGAAGCAGCCUCUGCUUCAAACACUCUUGACAAAUCUGGGAGCUUCCACGACAACAAUAGUGGCAAAUCCAACACUAACACAACCACAACCACUGCGAAUAGUAACACCUACACAAAUAACAAGUUUCGAGAUGACGAAGAAGACAACAAUAACGUGGAUAUCUCACCAAUUUUCGAUUCAAAUGAAGAUUUAAACGAUAUAGUCGCUUCAAUCGAUUUCUCAUCAUCCUCUUUGCAAUAUCCAGCUCUAGAUCAUCUCCUUACAACAACAAACGAAGACCAGUUUGAUUUGGCACAAGGAGUUCAAGCUGUUCAUCAGCUUCCUAACAUUCCAUACUCAGGAGACACUCUGGCUCUACCACUGGUUUCAUCUGUAGCUCCUUCUUUACCAUCAGGGCUUUUUGAAGAAGAUUGUCUUUCUUCGGUCCCAAGUUACAAUUUUGGCUUAAACCGUACUCCUUUAUUCCGUACUUCCGGUUUACCGACAUAUAUGGUGAAUAUGAACACCGAAUUAUUUUCUUCUGAAAGUAAUUCCGGUUUAUAUCCUGGUCGUGUUCAUAUGGGACCGGAAUUCAACAAACCACGUGAUCAAUUGAUGAAUUUUCAAGCUGAUAAUGGUGGAUUAUUCCGGUUUAAUCCAGAAUAUCUACAGGCACUUAAUAGCAUCGAGAGCCAGAGCCACUUAGUGGUACCUCAGACGCAUCCACCAUUAGGACCGGUCGAGAUAACCGGUUUAGAAGACUCUACGUUAGAUAAAGUAGCGAAACUCUCCCCUGAACAAAGGAAAGAGAAGAUCCAUAGGUACAUGAAGAAGAGGAACGAAAGGAACUUUAGCAAGAAAAUCAAGUAUGCAUGUAGGAAAACAUUGGCAGAUAGUCGUCCAAGAGUUAGAGGAAGAUUUGCAAGGAAUGAUGAAUUAUGUGAACGACAUAAACAAGGUUUUUUAAGCCAUCAUUAUGAUGAAGAUGAGGACGGUGUGGGAGGGAAGGAUGAGGAGCAAUUAGUAGAUUCUUCAGACAUUUUUGUACACAUUAGUGGACCCAAUUCCUUCAAGUGCAACUACCCAAUUCAAUAUUGGACUUGA